UGACAUAACUACACUGGGGUUAUGCAGACAUUUAGAGCAAAAUGAUUGUUGGAAAAUUCACACCGGAUAUGCACAUUUACAUUUGAUAACCAGACACUUGUCAUGCCAAAGGAGCAAUAGAAAACAGUCCAGUCAUGACAAAAUGGCGAGCGGAGUUGGAAAACAUAAGUUGCUGUUGGGCCCAACAGAGCCAUGGUCAAUUAGAGAAAAGCUGUGCCUCGCCUCCUCUGUCAUGAAGAGUGGAGACCAAAACUGGGUGUCUGUGAGCCGAGCCAUUAAGCCAUUUGCAGAACCUGGACGCCCUCCUGACUGGUUCUCUCAAAAGCAUUGUGCCUCACAAUACUCUGAGCUCCUGGAGACAACUGAGGCCCCAAAGAGAAAGCGAGGUGAGAAAGGGGAGGUGGUUGAGACAGUGGAAGAUGUGAUCGUCCGCAGGUUGACAGCGGAGAGAAUAGAGGAGUUGAAGCGAUUGAUCAAGGACACACAAGAGAAGUACAGGAAACUGAAGAGACAAACUGAACUCAUCCAGGCAGGACAUCUGGACUCUAAACUUGAGGAGCUAUGGGAGGAAAUUGUACGGAGCAGAAAACAAGGGGAAGAGGAAGCUGAGGUGAAAAGAAAGGCCACAGAUGCAGCGUACCAGGCCAGGCAGGCAGUGAAGAACACUCCUAAACGUGUGCCCAGUGUGACAGUGCGCUCCCCCUCUUGGGCCUGCUCACCGAGCCUGGAUUUUCCCAUUGGAGAUCCAUCUGAAGAUCCUAGCACCACUGGGGCAGGAUCAACAGUGUUUGUGCCUCUGACGGAGCUGCCAGGCCCUGGAAUGGUAGAGGCGAGUUUGGGGUCACUGCUAGAUGAGUCAACACAGAAGAAGCUUUUGGGUCAGAAAAUCACGCCACCUCCCUCUCCUCUCCUGUCAGAACUGCUGAAGAAAGGCAGUCUUCUGCCCACCAGCCCCAGACUGGCAGUUGAGGGAGAAUCUCCGUCCAGUCAACUUACAGGGAGUCACGAUAAUCAGAUGAUGACUUCUUCACUACCUGCCUCUCAGGCAGCGACAGGUGCUCCCACACUGUCUCGUCUGCUGGAAGCUGGCCCCACCCAAUUUCCCUCACAAUUGAGCUCAUUGGCCACUGCAGACUCCGCCCCCAGCGCUGCCGCCUCUGCAGUGGACACCACUGCCCCGCUCAGCACAGUGACGAUGUUCCAUUCUCUUACAGAUACACGGUCAGAAGAUGACCCUGUGAUAAAACAGCACUCAAAGGAAGUGAAAGAGGAGGAGGAAGCCGUGAGUGAUGCUGAGGAGGGCAGUGUGUCGGAGAUGAAAGCUGGAUUAGAAGGGGAUGGAGUUGAGGAUUGUGGGGGAGAAGAGGAUGGAGAUGGAGUUUAUCUCUCCGAGCCAGAGGAGGAAACAGAGUUGGAUCCUCCGGCCAGCGAGAGUGAGGACGGCUAUAGCAUGCACACAGCAUCCUCUUCCGUACAGCUCCACACAACUGCAGACUCCAUUCCCAGCAGCCCUGCCUCCUCACAGUUCUCUAUCUGCAGUGAAGAUCAAGAAGCAAUUCAGGCUCAGAAGAUCUGGAAGAAAGCCAUUAUGUUGGUGUGGCGAGCAGCAGCCAAUCACAGGUAUGCAAAUGUCUUCCUGCAACCAGUGACGGAUGACAUCGCCCCUGGUUACCACAGUAUUGUGCCCAGGCCAAUGGAUCUGUCCACCAUCAAGAAGAACAUUGAGAACGGGCUGAUCCGCACCACAGCUGAGUUCCAGCGCGACAUCAUGCUGAUGUUCCAGAAUGCGGUGAUGUACAACAGCUCGGACCAUGAUGUGUUCCACAUGGCCGUGGAGAUGCAGAGAGAUGUUCUGGAGCAGAUCCAGCAGUUUCUGGCCACACAGUUGAUCAUGCAGACCUCGGAAUCAGGCAUCAGUGCCAAGAGCCUGCGUGGGAGAGACGCCAACCGCAAACAGGACCCCAGUGACAAGGACUGUGUUCCCAUGGCCUCUCCUGCAUUCCUUCUCUCUCUCUUUGACGGGGGCACAAGGGGGCGACGCUGCGCUAUAGAAGCAGACCUGAAGAUGAAGAAAUGAGCGGCCAGUAGUGGGUUCCUUUGAAACGCUAGUAAGUGAGUGCUGACAGCAUAGCACAAUCUGUCUGAACCAUAUCGCCAACACGCUUAAACAGAAAAGUUCAUGAGGGAAUCACUGGAUCAUGGUAUUGGGGAUCGGACAACGAUGGGACUGCCUCAAAAUCUGUGCAUGUAUGUGUCUGUGUGUAUGUAAUUUUGUGAGGUGUGUUGUGUAGUAUUAAAGCUAUGUUUUGUGUACGAAUAGUGCCUUUACAGGUAUUGACAAACGACCGGGAAUAAACCUGACGAAAGGACAAAAAAUUUAAAUGGAUAUGCCUUCUUAUGUGGGAACAAUGUUACUGAUAUUUGACCCUCUUUUCACUCUGCCAUAAUGCUGUAUUCUUGUGUCCUUCCAAACUAAAUUACUUUUUUUUUUUUUUACUUAGAGAGGUUUUAAAUAAUGUUCACACUGCUUUCUUCCAUGUAACGGAUGAGGACCAAGGACUUUCAAGCUCUAAAAAAAAAAUAAAAUAAAAUAAAAAAGCAUCAUAAAAAGAGACCAUAUGACUUGUGUAGUAUAUUCAAAGUCUUCUGGAGCCUUAUGGUAGAUUGGUGUGGGGAACAGUGUAAUGACAAUAUAAUAACUGUAACGGAUUAUCAAAAACAAAAUGUAGGACGGGAUCCAUUGGUUGUAGACUGGAUGGAGACAGAUGUGAAUACGAGAUUGUAGUAAAGAAAAUGGCUGGAUUUAUGUGGAGGAUAAGAUCGAAGGAGUUUGAUCAAG